AUGAAUGGAUCAUCCAUAUUUGCACGCCAGGCCAACACCUGUGCUGAGCCAUAUCAAUAUUAUCGAUGCAGCAAAGGACCUUUUGAAGGUUGUUGCGCUGCUAACCCUUGCGAUAAUGGGAUCUGUCGCGAGGAGGACAAGCCACCACCAACAGAUGGUAAUCAAUCGCAGACUACUACUUUGGUAACGACAAAAACUAUUAUGUUGACUGCAUCGGUCACGUCGACGAUUGCGUUGGGCAGUGGCCAUGACCAGACCAGCACAGCUGCAUCAUUGACUACAACUACGUUUGUAACUUCUAUCGGAUAUUCAGUUGUGGCUACUGAGACGGUACUCGCUCCCACCAACACAGCAGUCCACAAUGACUCCUCGAAUGUAGUUGAUGGGGUGCCAACGGCCACUUCGUCCAGCCAUAUGGGAGCAAUUAUCGGGGGUGCGAUUGGUGGUGUCGUGGGAGGAAUCAUUCUGUUCCUGGGCUUAUACCUAUGGCAUCGAAGGAGGAAGACGUUGGAAAUAUCGACAUCAUAUGAGAGCCACGAGAAGGAAGCGAGGGAGAGAGGGCCUGCAGGGCUCCAGGUCAGCAGUGAUUAUACUUCGUCGAAUAGUUAUACUGGACCAUAUGAGCAGUACAACGACAAACAUCUCUCCCCCUUCGGACAACGCGUCAACCGAACCCCCUCCUCAAUCCUAAGUGAACUAGACUCUAGCCCCAUCAGCCCCCUGCCCGGCGUCCCUCGCACCAUGAUCUCCUCCGACACAAUCUUCGAGCUUGAUAGCGUCAACAACCGCAGACACGAACUCGAGCACACUCACAUUCACACUAACAUCCAUGGCCUGAGCCCUGAAACACCAACUUUCCAGAUGGGCAGUACUUCGAGCCGUUACUCUGAAAACGAGAAUCUGUCUAAUUAUUCCUGGAACCCGGCGUCCGAGCCGGACUUUAGUCGUGUCUCGUCUGGCUCGAAUGGAGGCGUUAGGCUUGCGAGUGCGGGUCAUUCGGCGACGAAGUCUGAUAUGCAUUUGGGGUGGCAUAAAUAA